AUGGCCACCAAGGCUGCCUCCAAGCGUCUCACCCGCGAAUACCAAAACAUCCAGAAGAACCCUCCUCCCUAUAUCGUCGCACACCCUUCGGAGUCUAACAUCUUAGAAUGGCAUUACAUCCUGACCGGACCUCCAAAGACUCCUUAUGAGAAUGGACAAUACUGGGGUACCUUGAUUUUCCCUCCCGAAUACCCUUUCGCUCCUCCAGCUAUCCGCAUGCACACGCCAAGUGGCCGAUUCCAGCCUUCGACUCGACUGUGUCUCAGCAUCAGUGACUUCCAUCCAAAAUCAUUCAACCCGGCGUGGGAAGUCUCGACCAUUCUGAUCGGUCUCCUGUCAUUCAUGACGAGCGAGGAAAUGACAACUGGCAGUGUGAGCGCAUCAGAGGCGGAGCGUAGAGUGUUUGCGGCUCGGUCGCGAUGGUGGAACUCGACCGGAGGCGGUUCUCAUUCCAACAUCGCUCCUGGCGUCAAUGCCACCGGCAAGGGAAUCAACAAUAUCAAGGCAGGAGAUGGAGGGAUGAAGUUCCGUACAGAGUGGCCGGAACUGGACCAGGAGAACUGGGAAUGGAUGAAGCAGAACCGUAUCGAUCCCGCGACCGGUCAGAUCAUGCCCGAUCCCAACGCUCCCCCAUCGAGGUGCUCUCCUGAGACCAGCGCCCUUCGACGACGCCCGAACGGAAGCGCUCCUCGUCUGGGAACGGUCAUGGAAGGCGGCCAGGCGGCGCGAGAUGCGGGAGAGAGCUGGAUUCGACGACACAAGGUCUGGGUUGGACUUGCCGUGGUCUUCGGAUACGCCCUUCUCACCCGGUUAUUCACUGAUCUCCAAGCCUAA